GGUAUAAAUCCGUAGGAACAAUCGUCCAGUCAGCACAUUCUGCCGAGUGGCGUUCGAUUGUAAGGGUAGAACUAGCUAAACAGCAGCAGCAGCAGCAGUACGAGAUGCGCGCUUACGGUGUUGCCUUCGUGUGUGUAGCCCUAGCGGCUGCAGUACUUGCCGAAGCUCCCCUGCCCGGUGGUAAUGGUGGGUGGGGCGGCAAUGGCGGCGGUGGCAAUGGUGGCUACAGCAACGGCGGUGGCGGUAAUGGUGGCGGAUACAGCAAUGGCGGUGGCCUCAGCGGAGGUGGCGGUUCUGGACCACUGCUCCAGAAACCGACCGGUCCCCAAACGAUGGAAGGUUUGAUGGUCGAUCCGCAGCUGUUGGAACAGGUGAAGAUGGUGUUGCUCCAGCACGAAAGUGAAUCUGCCUCGGCUAAUGGAGGUUCGAACGGUGGUGCUAGCACGUCGUACGGUCCGCCCCGCAACACGGAUCGCAUCGUUGGCCUGAUGCUGGAGCAGCCCGUCCAGAGCAUCCAGCUGGCCGAAUACUGGCAGGGUGAUCAGCAGCAGCAGCAGCCUCCGAGCGGUUCUUAUGGACCACCAAGGCGCUAA